AUGGAAGAGCCCAGCGGGAUCCUGAUUAAAGGAGGCAAAGUUGUGAACGAGGACUGCUCCGUGAUCGGCGACGUUUACAUCGAAAAUGGGAAAAUAGUUGAGGUUGGACUGAAUCUUCAGAUUCCAAAAAGAGUGCGAGUCAUUGAUGCCACCGAUAAACUGGUGAUCCCCGGUGGCAUCGACACGCACACGCACAUGGAACUGGCGUUCAUGGGAACCAGAGCUGUGGACGACUUCCAUAUUGGAACCAAAGCUGCUCUGGCAGGAGGGACCACAAUGAUCCUGGACUUUGUCAUCCCCCAGAAGGGCAAGUCUCUUCUGGAGGCUCAUGACCGAUGGCGUGAGACGGCUGAUCCCAAAGUUUGCUGCGACUACUCGUUGCACGUUGCGGUCACAUGGUGGAGUGACAAGGUCAAGAAAGAGAUGGAGACUCUGGCCAGAGAGAAAGGAGUAAAUUCCUUCAAGAUGUUUAUGGCCUAUAAAGAUGUGUUUAUGCUGCAGGAUUCUGAGCUAUAUGCUGCUUUUGCUCAGUGUAAGGAGGUCGGAGCCAUAGCUCAGGUUCAUGCUGAGAAUGGAGAUUUGAUUGCAGAGGGGGCUAAGAGGAUGCUGUCCAUGGGCAUCACAGGACCAGAAGGCCAUGAACUGUGUCGGCCAGAAGACGUGGAGGCCGAAGCCACCCAGCGAGCUAUCACCAUCGCCCAUGCUGUCAACUGCCCGCUCUAUGUGGUUCAUGUCAUGAGUAAAUCUGCCGCCAAGGUUGUGUCUAACGCACGCAGAGAUGGGCGUGUAGUGUUUGGGGAGCCAAUUGCAGCUGGUUUGGGCACUGAUGGUACCCACUGUUGGCACAAAGACUGGGCCCAUGCUGCUGGUUUUGUCAUGGGUCCUCCGCUUAGACCUGACCCCAGCACACCUGGGUACCUUAUGGACCUACUAGCUAAUGAUGAUCUAAGCGUGACAGGGACGGACAACUGCACCUUCUCUGUGUGCCAGAAAGCCCUGGGCAAGGACGACUUCACCAAGAUCCCUAACGGUGUGAACGGCGUCGAGGACAGAAUGUCUGUCAUCUGGGAAAAAGGAGUGCAUAGUGGCAAAAUGGACGAGAAUCGAUUUGUGGCUGUCACCAGCAGCAACGCAGCAAAAAUCUUCAACUUCUACCCGCAGAAAGGCCGAAUCGCCAAGAACUCGGAUGCUGAUGUGGUUAUAUGGGACCCAAGGAUGACCAGGAAAAUAUCAGCCAAGACUCAUCACCAGGCUGUGGACUACAACAUCUUUGAGGGUAUGGAGUGUCAUGGGGUACCUGUCAUUACCAUCUCCAGAGGCAAAGUGGUGUAUGAGGAUGGGCAGCUGAAGGUGUCACCAGGACAUGGCCAGUUCAUCCACAGAAAACCAUUUUCUGAGUUUGUUUACAAAAGAAUCAAGCAGCGGGAGCAGGUGAGGAAACCUACAGCUGUGACCAGAAAGCCAUAUGAAGGCAAAGUCAUUUCUGUCUGA